AUGCAUAGUGCUGGUCAACGCCGGACCAAACAGCCUGAUAGGUUCAAUCCCUCCAAUUAUUACCCCUCCCCCAUACUUCCUGCCACUGAUUUUGAUAUCACCAUGUCAGGUACUGAAGAUGCAAAUCAAUCCCUAGUAGGAAACCCCUCCCUCUCUUUAGAGUCGUUGGCCCAGUUAAUAUCCAACAUGUCUGAUGCGUUCAACUCUCAGCUCGAUAAUGUCUCCCGGAAGUUCGGUGAACUCGACGCGCGCCUGGAUGAACUAUGUCUUAGAAUCGAUGACAAUGACUCUGAAGUCAACGUUAAGUUCACACAAUUUCAAUCCUCAGUCAACAAAGAUCUCAUUGCCAUACAAAACGAAAAUUCCCAACAACAACAGCGGACCCAAGAAUCCCAAAAAUGUGCAAUCAAUUCCCAACGCGCGCUUAGUGACACCAUCAGAGCCCUCGGAGAUAGGAUCAGCCUUGUCGAAGGUCAAAGUGCCAGGCUAGCUGCUCUGGAAAAUAAAUUUCAAAAUUCUGUCCCUCUAGUUUCCCCCCCAAUAACCUGUUCACAGUCAAUGCCUCAAGUUUCCUUUAAUAGUAUCUUAACUUCCACUACCGUCGCUCAUCCUAUUCCAACACAAUCCGCUAUCCCUUCAAAUACUUCUAGUUUUUCCGCCCCUAAUUACAAUAUAUCAUUUCCUAACCAAACCACGUCCACAAUAAAUAAUACCACCCUUUCCAACAGCACUGGCAUUAGCCUCGAUUCUGCAAAGCUUCCCCCCUAUGAUGGUCAACUCAUUCCAGUUCACCCUGAGGAGUUCAUUGAACAGGCCGAACAAUAUUUUCUCACCCAGCCCCCAGUCCCCGAUAAUGUCAAAAUUAAUUAUAUAAAGUCUAAAUUCGUCGAAGGUGCCCGUCUCUGGUAUACCACUCUACUUCCCCCCCCAACAAAUUAUCAAGAUUUCUUAGUAUUGUUCCGUAAUCAGUUCUGGUCACCCAAUCAACAGCGCGCGAUCCGCAACGAACUCUAUCGCCCCUACUUCCACAGAGACUCAACAUCUCUGCAGAAGCACGCGAUGGAUUGGAUCAGCAAGGCCCGGUUCUUGCAACCACCAAUCGAUCAGGCCGAGAUGGUUGAUCAGAUCACUUCCCACUUCACCUUUAACAUUUCCAUUGCCCUCAGAGGUCUCCGUAUCACCACCACUAAUGAACUCGUUCAACAACUCUCCCACAUUCAGCAAGCUCAUUCCCCUCCAAAUAAUCAAAAUAGUCAAAAUGCACCCUCUUAUCAAAAUCAAAAUAGUCAAAAUGCACCCUCUUAUCAAAAUCAAAACCGAAAUUCAUUUAACAAUUCUUCUGGCCCCAAUCAACAAAACAGAUAUUCUCCUCGUCAAAAUAACUAUCAACGCCCUCAAUAUAAUUCUCAAAAUCAAUCCGCCCCAACUCCCCCUACCACUACCCCUCCUCCGGAAAACUAG